CUCAUCUUCCCAUUUAUCUCACUCUAUUCAUUCCUCCCCUUAAACCUCUGCACAGCAAUAAACCAUUUUAUACCUCUUGAAUUUAAAGUUCUUGUUGCACCUUACUGUUAGCUAAAUAUCCAUUACUCUUCCUUUAAUUGAAUUACUUAUAUACUGGGGUAAUUUAUAUAUAUGGCCUCUCUCAGUGCUAUUUCACUCUGUCCCUACAAACUAUGUUGUCAAUUAAACCAUAACAAUCGAUACAUUUCUUGUUCUAUGCCCUCCUCUACUAAUAUAGGCGUGCGUGGAUCUAAAGGUCCUCAUAAAAUACCUGCAAAAACUGAGGGGGCAGGAAGAAGUAUUGACGACUCUGUCCAACGAAGGAUGGAACAAUUUUAUGAGGGCUCUGAUGGCCCGCCUUUACGUGUUCUUCCUAUUGGUGGUCUGGGAGAAAUUGGGAUGAAUUGCAUGCUUGUUGGUAAUUAUGAUCGAUAUAUUCUUAUCGAUGCUGGAGUAAUGUUCCCAGGCGAUGAUGAUCUUGGUGUCCAGAAGAUUAUUCCUGAUACAACUUUUAUUAAAAAAUGGAACCACAAGAUUGAAGCAGUUAUCAUAACCCAUGGACAUGAAGAUCACAUUGGCGCGUUGCCUUGGGUAAUCCCUGCACUGGAUUCACAGACACCGAUUUUUGCAUCAUCAUUCACAAUGCAGCUAAUUAAAAAAAGACUGAAGGAGUUUGGAAUCUUUGUUCCAUCUAGGCUCAAGGAAUUUAUAACAAGACGGAAAUUUACUGCUGGGCCCUUUGAGGUAGAAUCUAUCAGGGUUACACAUUCUAUUCCUGAUUGUAGUGGACUAGUUCUACGCUGUGCUAACGGUACCAUUCUCCACACAGGCGACUGGAAGAUAGAUGAGUCACCACUGGAUGGGAAAGUUUUUGAUCGUGAGGCCCUCGAGGAACUCUCGAAAGAAGGAGUUACUUUGAUGAUGAGUGAUUCGACAAAUGUCCUUUCCCCUGGAAGAACACUCAGUGAGACUGUAGUUGCAGAUUCGUUGCUGAGACAUAUUUCAGCUGCCAAAGGAAGGGUUAUUACUACUCAGUUUGCAUCGAAUAUUCAUCGUCUUGGAAGUGUUAAAGCUGCAGCUGAUUUGACUGGCAGAAAGCUGGUAUUUGUCGGCAUGUCUUUGAGAACAUAUCUUGAUGCUGCAUGGAAAGAUGGGAACGCACCAAUUGAUCCGUCAACUCUGGUGAAAGUGGAGGAUAUUGAUGCUUAUGCCCCAAAGGAUUUGCUGAUAGUGACAACAGGCUCUCAAGCUGAACCACGUGCUGCAUUAAAUCUUGCAUCCUAUGGCAGUAGUCAUUCGCUCAAGUUGAACAAAGAUGAUGUAAUUUUGUAUUCAGCCAAGGUGAUUCCUGGUAAUGGUUCUCGGGUGAUGAAAAUGCUAAACCGUAUAUCAGAUAUAGGAUCAACAAUUGUGAUGGGAAAGAAUGAGCUGCUGCAUACAUCUGGCCAUGCUCAUCGGGAGGAGCUGGAAGAAGUGCUGAAAAUUGUGAAACCACAACAUUUUCUUCCUAUUCAUGGUGAACUCUUGUUCCUGAAAGAGCAUGAAUUACUGGGGAGAUCAACUGGAAUUCAUCACACAGCUGUCAUCAAGAAUGGAGAGAUGCUUGGAAUCUCACAUUUGAGGAAUAGAAAAGUACUAUCCAAUGGAUUCAUUUCCCUAGGGAAGGAGAAUUUGCAGUUGAUGUAUAGUGAUGGUGACAAAGCAUUUGGUACAGCUGCUGAACUUUGUGUUGAUGAGAGGCUAAGAAUUGCAUCUGAUGGUCUUAUCGUGGUCAGUAUGGAAGUUUUACGUCCUCAAUUUGCAGACAGUAUAGCAGAGAAAACCUUGAACGGAAAAAUAAGAAUUACUACACGCUGCUUGUGGCUCGACAAGGGGAAACUUUUGGAUGCACUCCAUAAAGCUGCACAUGCUGCAUUGUCAAGCUGUCCUGUGAAUUGCCCGCUCUCCCACAUGGAAAGAACUGUGUCUGAAGUUCUAAGAAAAAUGGUCAGGAAGUACAGUUGUAAAAAGCCUGAAGUUAUUGCCAUUGCUUUAGAAAAAACUGCAGGAGCCCCGGCAGACGAGAUCAAUGGAAAACUUUCUAGAAAGGCAGAUGUUUGUUCUGGUAUUUCUGCCUUUAGAAAAGUGUUGGAUGGAGAUCCGAGGAAAAGACCGCCAAGUCCAACAAACACAGAAGAAUGCAAUGCCCAUGCUUAUCCAACUAAUGAUGCAGAACAGCAAGUCAAAGGUGAUGAUAUGCGUGCUGAGAGAUUUAUGCAUGAGGAAGCAAUUACUUCAAGUUCAAACUCACAGGAUAAUUUCUCUUCCGGUGAGAGUAUGUCAGAUAUAACAUCAUCACCAGUAGAUCAGUUACAACAAGGUAUGCCUGCUGAUUUGUCACAAGCAGGAUCUGAAGAAAUGUUCAGAAAAGUGAGCAUCGGCCUUGAUUUAAACUUGCUAGAGCCUAAGUUGCAAUCUUCAAAACCUUUGAAGAGGAACAGAUGGAAACCUGAAGAGGUUAAGAAAUUGAUUAAAAUCCGGGGGGAACUCCACGGCAGGUUUCAGGUUGUCCGGGGACGGAUGGCACUUUGGGAAGAGAUAUCUUCAAGAUUAGUGUCUGGUGGAAUCAAUCGGACUCCUGCACAGUGUAAAUCUCAGUGGGCUUCUCAAGUUAAAAAAUAUGAGGCAAGCAAGAAUGAUAAGAAGAGCCAGGAAAAAGUUGCUUACUUUGUGGACAUGAGUAACAUCUUGUCUCUGAAAUGAAUGACAUUGUACUCGAGGAUAGUGCUUGUGGAGGCAAUUCUUCCAUAAUGGGAUGUCAGCAAUGAGAUUCUUCCAAACGAGUCCAACUCGCUUAAACAUAGGAUGUGGACUAGGGCUGCAUCAUUGUGCUGGCAACUCUCUUCAUUCCCAUGCUAGUUAUCUGCAGCCUGGUGUUUGAAGCAAGAAUGUUAGAGAUGGGAUUAGGGUGGAAAAAGAAUGUGAACUUGUUGAGGGUUUGAAGGUAGAUUUUGUGUAUUCUUUAUUUUGGGGCCUGUAAUGGUUAUACAUGCAGUAAUGAUACGAGUGAUUCACUACACUGUUCUCUCAAAAUAUAAAUGCACUUGUCCCUUUCCCUUUUUGAAUUAAUCUUGCGCUGGCUGUCAUUGUCCUGUAAUUUCUUUCAUUCUAGUUAAAGGAGAAAUGAUCAACUUUUCAUUCU